AUGUCCAAGUCUACCCAAAUCCUCUUCACAGGUGCCACCGGCUACAUCGGAGGCUCAGUCCUCGCCCGCCUCCUGAACCACCCCAUCGCUUCCAAAUCCACCAUUACCGCCAUCGUCCGUUCCCCAGAUAAAGCUGGAAAGCUAAAGCAACUCGGCGUGAACGCCGACGCUGACGACCUUGGCGCUGCUAAAGCAACUCUGCGUGGUCUGAAGAAGCGGUACGAAGAAACCAAGGUGCCGCCGACGUUCAUUCACACUUCAGGAACUGGUGUUUUGGCAGAUGACGCGAGAGGGAUGCAAACGACCGACAUAGUCUACGACGACUCCGACCCUGACCAAAUCGAAACACUUGCACCUACCCAGCUUCACCGGAACGUCGACCUGGAAUUGGUCCAAGCCGAUAAAGAAGGAUACGUGAAGACCUACAUUAUCCUCCCCUCCACGAUCUACGGCAUCGCCGACCACAAACUCGUCCAACUCGGAAUUUCCAACCCUCACUCCAUCCAGAUCCCAAGCUUGAUCAAGGCGAGCUUGGGCCGCGGCCAAGCAGGCAUGGUGGGAAAGGGAGUAAACCGCUGGCCUAACGUUCACAUCGACGAUGUGGCCGAUCUCUACGUUACCCUCUUCGACGCGAUCCAAUCCAACCACCCCUCGGCCGGGCACGGGCGCGAAGGGUUCUACUUUGGCGAGAACGGGCAACACACGCUUUACCAGAUCGGGCGGGCCAUUGGGGACGCGAUGGUCGCCCUUGGUCUUUCGAACAGCUCCGAGCCUACCGCGUUCGCGGAAGAAGAACUCGACAAGUACCUUGAUGGCUCUUACUACCUCGGCUCGAACUCACAGUGCAAGGCGAAUAGGUCCAGAGCCAUUGGUUGGAAGCCAAAGUAUAUGACACAGGACAUGUUGGAUAGUAUCAAGCCUGAAGUCGAGGCGUUGGUCAAGACGGGAAAGAAAGCAUCAUUCACGUAA